GGUUUCGCAACGUAUAACAGUCAGCAGCCGCCUUCAUAUACACAGCCUGGCUAUGCUCCGUACCAGCAGGGUCAUCCCGUACCAGUUCACGGUCAAAGUAAUGUUGUAGUUGUCUCACAGCCUGGUGUACAGGGGGUCAGAGGAACAUGUCCAUACUGCGGUCUUGGGUUUGCAAGGUCCGACUACUCUACAAUUGGUAUACUGAUCGCUAUACUGUUUUUCCCUCUUGGUGUAAUCUGCUGUUUGAUGAUGACGGAGCGUCGAUGCACUCACUGUCGAGCUAAAAUAUAGACUUGUUGUCCUGCAUGCUAUUUCGUUGUCUGUGAUAUCUUGUUACCUUUUUGAUAAAUUGCAGUGCCUUAAUUAGAACAAUUAAAGCUCAACCUUUUAAUAUUAUUACUGAUACUAGCUGGAUUGCACACAACUACUAACAUGUUAUUGUUAUAGACAAAAUCUACAUAUAAUCAAGCAUAUAUUAACAAUAACUUAUUCGUGUCAGCAACCGAUGAUAUUUUAUAAAGAAUCAUGAUGUAAAAUUUACUAUAACAAUAAUAAUGACUUGUUACUUAAACGUAUGUCCAAAAUUGUGCAUUUACGCUUAAACUUGUUUAAAUCCGUCUCUCCAAAACAUAAUAAAGAUUGUUUCCAAAUUAA